AUGUUUCAGGUCGAUGUUGAAAGCAUUGACUUGCUCGAGUAUCAGGGAUGUCCACAGGAAAUAGCAAAACAAAAGUGUCUGGCCGCCUUUGAAAAAUUACAGCGCCCUGUCGUGGUUGAAGAUACUAGUCUUUGCUUUAAUGCUUUUGGAGGCCUACCAGGACCGUAUAUUAAAUGGUUUUUGAAAAAUCUGAAACCAGAGGGCCUUUGCAAAUUGCUAGAUGGUUUUGAAGACAAGAGUGCAUAUGCAUUGUGUAUUUUUGCUUACUGUGAAAGUUCACUUAAACCUGUGCUUCUCUUUGAAGGACGCACAUAUGGACACAUUGUGAAACCAAGAGGAAGAACAAAUUUUGGUUGGGAUCCGUGCUUUCAACCCGUAGGUUCUUCACAAACCUAUGCAGAGAUGGGAGAUGCUGUAAAAAAUACAAUGAGUCAUAGAAGAAAGGCUUUAAUACAUCUUAAAAAUUACUUUGAAACUAUGUAA